AAUAUUCUACUUCCACACAGAGAUUUUCGCCGAAGUCGCGGCAAUUUCGAAUCGUUUCUCAGUGGGCACGGUACGCAGGCACGGAUUCGGUUGAAAUUCACUUAGAGCGAAGAAAAGCACAGACUAUGUACAUAAUUACAUGUUCAACUUAUGAAAAAGUGUUGAAAAAUUGAUGCAAUCGUAGCAGACAGCACAUAGACAAGCGAUAAAUAAACAAUUUAGCCCCAAUUUGUAUAAACAAAACGCAGCGGAGGAAAAAUAUUUGCGGCACGCUUUAGAUUUGAAAUUUUUAUUCAUUUUGAAUUGUUGUGUGCGCAUCUGUGUCGAAAUUUCAAGAAUUUCUGUGUCAUUUCUACUAAAAUAGCAGCCCAAAGAUGUCAGAGCCCACAGCUCAACAACAACAACAACAGCAGCCACAGUCGCAAAAUGGCAAAGAGCGUUCCAAGUCAACUGAGGAGAAGGAAAUACCACGCGAGCCCGCGUUGGUGUGCAAGGACAUAGAUAUUAAGACUGAACUGGAGUGUCUGGUUAAGCUGCUCGAUGGCAAAAUCUACAAAGAGGAGGAGCAGGCUAUGGAGGAGCUGCAUCAGUAUCUAAUCGAGGACGAUGGCUCUUGGGCGCUGGGUGAUAAUUUUCUGGUGUUUGUGCAGCGCGUGCUGCGCGAUUUGCAGGCCUUUUCACCCGAUACACGGAUACAUAUGAUACGCACUCUGGCCUAUGCAGCACUCAAGGAUGAUGUGAUUAUCAUACUGCAUCAGGAUCGCAGAGAUCACACGCUCAUGAACUUUGCACAGGACAUAGACAAGCAUACACCUGAGGAGCAGCAGGCCUGGGCCAUGUUUAUGUGCAAUCUGUUUGAGAACGUGGGUCCUUCCGAGUGGCUGCUGUAUAUCUCAGAGUGGGACUACAAUGGCCAGACCAUUUCCAACAUACGCGUCACCACCAAGGUGGCGGUCCACUGCAUAUUGUCGAAUUGCCCACAGCUGAAGAACAUUGGCUCCAUGAUCCUGUAUAAUAUUGCCAUCAAAGAGGUCAAGACUGUGGUCUUUGACGACGUUGCCGUGGAGCUGGCCAUGGCCAUACUACAGUUCUUCCAGAGCAGCCCCAACGAGGAGCAAAUCUUUCGCACACUCAAAGCGCUGGCACGCUUUCUCGAGGUAUCGCCGGACGUGCAGAUGAUUAUUCAAAUGAUUGGACCGCAUCCAAAACAAUUUGCUGGCAAGAGCGAGCGCGUUGACGAGCUGAUAAAGAUAAUCAGUCGCAAGGUGCCCGCCUAAGAAGAACAACAAGCUCAUUCAUUUUUCAUAUAUAUAUUUCUAAAGCAUUUUCGCAAUAAACAUUAUUUCUAUAAACUAA